UUGCGCUUCGGGACGGCGUCUGCGCUAGUGCGCCUGCGCCCCGGCCGGCCGGUGCGCCUCGCCGCUGUCCUCGCGCCGGCUGCCUGCCGGACGGUUCCUGCCGCGCUUACCGCCCAGCCUCUCCGCUCGGCAGUGCAUCGGCGGGCAGCAUGUCGCGGCGGCGGCACAGCGAUGAGAACGAUGGUGGACAGCCUCACAAAAGGAGAAAGACCUCUGAUGGAAAUGAAACUGAAGACCAUUUGGAAUCUUUAAUAUGCAAAGUAGGAGAAAAGAGUGCCUGCUCUUUGGAGAGCAAUCUAGAAGGCUUGGCUGGUGUUUUAGAAGCCGAUCUUCCUAACUACAAGAGCAAGAUCUUAAGGCUUCUUUGUACAGUUGCACGUCUGUUACCUGAGAAGUUGACAAUUUAUACAACAUUAGUUGGACUACUGAAUGCCAGGAAUUACAACUUUGGUGGAGAAUUUGUAGAGGCUAUGAUUCGUCAGCUUAAAGAAUCAUUGAAAGCAAACAGUUACAAUGAAGCUGUAUAUUUGGUCCGUUUUUUAUCUGAUCUUGUGAAUUGUCAUGUGAUUGCUGCCCCAUCAAUGGUAGCUAUGUUUGAAAAUUUUGUAAGUGUAACUCAGGAAGAAGAUGUACCUCAGGUGCGACGGGAUUGGUAUGUGUAUGCAUUUCUGUCAUCUUUGCCCUGGGUUGGAAAGGAGUUGUACGAAAAGAAAGAUGCAGAGAUGGACCGCAUCUUUGCCAACACUGAAAGCUAUCUUAAAAGACGCCAAAAGACUCAUGUGCCCAUGUUACAGGUAUGGACUGCUGAUAAACCACAUCCACAAGAAGAGGGUCCUGUUAUGCCAGGAAGUCAUUCAGUGGAAAGAUUUGUAAUAGAAGAGAAUCUUCACUGCAUCAUUAAGUCCCACUGGAAGGAAAGGAAGACUUGUGCUGCACAGCUAGUGAGCUAUCCAGGGAAGAACAAGAUCCCCUUGAACUACCACAUAGUUGAGGUGAUCUUUGCAGAGCUGUUUCAACUGCCAGCACCCCCUCACAUUGAUGUGAUGUAUGCAACACUUCUCAUUGAACUCUGCAAACUUCAGCCUGGCUCUCUACCCCAAGUUCUGGCACAGGCAACUGAAAUGUUAUACAUGCGUUUGGACACAAUGAAUACCACAUGCGUAGACAGGUUUAUUAAUUGGUUUUCUCAUCAUCUAAGUAACUUCCAGUUCCGUUGGAGCUGGGAAGAUUGGUCAGAUUGUCUUACUCAAGAUCCUGAAAGUCCGAAGCCAAAGUUUGUAAGAGAAGUUCUAGAAAAAUGUAUGAGGUUGUCUUACCAUCAGCGUAUAUUAGAUAUUGUUCCUCCUACCUUCUCAGCUCUAUGUCCUGCAAACCCAACCUGCAUUUACAAGUAUGGAGAUGAAAGUAGCAAUUCUCUUCCUGGACAUUCUGUUGCCCUCUGUUUAGCAGUUGCCUUUAAAAGUAAGGCAACGAAUGAUGAAAUCUUUAGCAUUUUGAAAGAUGUACCGAAUCCUAACCAGGAUGAUGAUGAUGAUGAAGGAUUCAGUUUUAACCCAUUGAAAAUAGAGGUCUUUGUACAGACUCUGCUACAUUUGGCAGCCAAAUCAAUCAGCCACUCCUUCAGUGCUCUUGCAAAGUUUCAUGAAGUCUUCAAAACCUUAGCUGAAAGUGAUGAAGGAAAGUUACAUGUGCUAAGAGUUAUGUUUGAGGUCUGGAGAAACCAUCCACAGAUGAUCGCUGUACUAGUGGAUAAGAUGAUUCGUACACAGAUUGUUGACUGUGCCGCGGUAGCAAAUUGGAUCUUCUCUUCAGAGCUGUCUCGUGACUUUACUAGAUUGUUUGUUUGGGAAAUCUUGCACUCUACAAUUCGUAAGAUGAACAAACAUGUUCUGAAAAUCCAGAAGGAGCUAGAAGAAGCUAAAGAGAAGCUUGCAAGGCAACACAAACGGCGAAGUGAUGAUGAUGACAGAAGCAGUGACAGGAAAGAUGGGGCUCUUGAGGAGCAAAUAGAAAGACUGCAGGAGAAAGUGGAAUCUGCUCAGAGUGAACAGAAGAACCUCUUCCUUGUCAUAUUUCAGCGUUUUAUCAUGAUCUUAACUGAGCACUUAGUACGAUGUGAAACUGACGGGACCAGUGUUUUAACACCAUGGUAUAAGAACUGUAUAGAGAGGCUCCAGCAGAUCUUCCUACAGCAUCACCAGAUAAUCCAGCAGUACAUGGUGACCCUGGAGAACCUUCUCUUCACUGCUGAGUUAGACCCUCAUAUCCUGGCUGUGUUCCAGCAGUUCUGUGCCCUGCAGGCCUAAGGGUCAUUUUCCCCCCGACUCAUGUCAAAGAUUUUUUAAAAACAUCUUAAAAUUAUUUGUCUUAUUUUUGAUGGUUUGAAUGCUUGCUUUCUUGUAGUGUCCUUUUACUUCUUAAAGGAAACAAAAGGGGAGGACGAAUAUGGCUUUACUUUUAAUUGCCCCUAAAAAGCAAAUAUUUCCUAAUGACAAUAAUGUGACAAUGACCAUGAUGUAUUAUACAUGUGACAGAUACAACUUUCUGUAUUCAAUUUGAUAUUUCUCCUUAAGGCACAAAAUAACCGAUUUGAGGUAUGUGAUACAUUAGAGGUCAAGCUUACAUAGUAUGUAGAACUGAUGGGUUUAUUACCAAGUAGAAUAGCUUUUAACAGCUGGCAGAUAACUUAACAUAGCUGAAAUAAAACUGAAAGUAUGUUUUUUAAA